UUUAAAUGAAAGAAUAUUAAAAAAUCAUCAAUGAAAUACUGUAGAUUUCCUCACUGAAUUUCUCAUGUCAAGAAAUAUAUCCGUAUUAUUAUUAUAUAUUCAUGUUGAAGAAGAAUAAUAAAGAAAAUAUAAAAAAAGAUAAAAUAGAGCCUUUAGAUGGAGAAAUAUAUGAGGUGGAGAAAAUAUGUGAGGAAUUUAUACAAGAAGAUGGAAAUAUUCUUUAUAGGAUAUCAUGGAAGGGUUAUUCAGAAGACUUUGAUACAUGGGAGCCAAUCGAGAAUCUAAUUGAUUGUGAAAAUGCUCUUGAAGAUUGGAAUCGGCUCAAAAAUUCUACAGCAUUAAAGAAAAAACAAACACUUGUUUCAAAUAAAUAUAUAAAAAAAAAAGAAAAAAAUUCUGAAGAUUUCUAUUGUGACGACGAAACUUCUAGCGUAUUAUUAAAAAAACCUUUCUUUUUAAAUAAUAUAUCAAAGUCUGAUAAAACAAAAGAUAUAUCUAUUAAAAAAAAUAAAAUCAAUAAUCCAAAUAUAAAAAAUAUUGAUAAUAAAAAAAUAUCAGAUAUUGAAGAGGAUAAGAGUUCUUUUGAAUCUAAUUUAAAUGAGGGUAUAUCUUUUAAUACAUUAAAUUCUCUUGAAAAUAAUCCAUUGGAAACAUUUCUUAUGGAAAAUCCCUCUGUCAUUUUUACUAAUGAAAAACCACAUAUUGUUACAAAAGAGAAAAUAUUGCAGUUUAGGAAUAAAAAAAAAAGAAAAGGUGCACUUUUAUCCAGGUCAUUUGUAAGUUCUUUGCAACAAAAAUCUAGUCUUUUAAAUGAAUAUUCAAAUAAUUUUGAAUAUAUUACUAAUGAUUUGCCUUAUAUACAAACAAAAGAAAAUGUUAAACUCAAUGAUUUAAAUAAAUCAUCGAAUCACAUUAUCAAAGCUACUCUAUUCAAAGGAGAUUUUCAUAAAAAAAGUUCAAAAUCUAAAUAUAUUAUUAAAUCAAAAUUAAAUUUUACAAGACCAUUAUCUGUAAGAAAUAAUAGAAAGAUAUUUCUUGAAAAGUUGGAUAUGUUGCUGGGUCCUCCAGUCUUUCUUAUUAAUGAAAUUGAUUCAGAUUUAUCUCCAAUCGAUUUUGAAUUUAUAACUUCUUAUAAAUAUGGUGUAGGUAUAGAACCACGAAAUCCAUUGUUUAUUUCCGGAUGUAGUUGCCCAAAAGAUGGGUGUGAUCUUAAUAAUCCUGGCUCUUGUCAAUGCCUUGAGGAUUCUAAUAAUAAAAGUUUUUCUUAUGAUGAAUAUGGAAGGGUUCGUCGUAAUACUACUUCAAUAAUAUAUGAAUGUAAUGAAAAUUGUGACUGUGGAAUAAAUUGUCCAAAUAGAGUAGUUCAGAGAGGACGUAAAAUUCCUUUAAAUAUUUUUAAAACUAAACAUAAAGGCUGGGGUUUGCAGUGUCCUCGGUUUAUCAAAGAAGGAACAUUUAUAGGUGUAUAUCUAGGGGAAUUGAUAUCUCAAUCUGAGGCAGAAAUACGUGGUAAAAAAUAUGAUCAUGUUGGUGUAACAUAUUUAUUUGAUCUUGAUCUCUUUGAAGAUCAGGUUGAUGAGUAUUACACUAUUGAUGCACAAUAUUGUGGAGAUGUGACGCGAUUCAUAAAUCAUUCAUGUGACCCAAAUCUUGCUAUUUAUAGUGUUUUAAGGGAUAAAAGCGAUUCUAAAAUUUAUGAUUUAGCUUUUUUUGCUAUUAAAGACAUUCCUGCUUUAGAAGAGCUUUGCUUUGAUUAUAGUGGAAGAAAUAAUGAAGAUCAAUUAGGUUUCAUUGGAAAUUAUUCUAAUUCUAAGUAUAUAAAUCUUAAAAAUAAGAGGCCUUGCUAUUGCGGUUCAGCUAAUUGCAGAGGGUGGUUAUUUGGAUAAUCUUUGUUAUUUUAAAACAUAAAACCUUUAAUUUUUACAUUUAAGU